GCCUUGAGCCAGUCCCGCGCCACCCACCGCCGCGCGCGCACGGCCGCCAUCUUGGAAAACUCCCCGAAAACGCUCCGGAACCGCUAGUGUUUGUGCAGUUGUGAAGGAUAUGUGUACUCUGAUCUAAAGUGAAAAGUGAAAAAGUGUGGUGAUCAAGAUGGCUGCUCUUAAGUUGAUGUUAUGUGUGAGCUUGCUUCACGGAGUUCUUUCCAAAGGGUCCGAGUCCCAGAUAGAUUGCACGCCCGAAGUAAUGAAGGUCACAGUGCCCAUGGAUGGUGACCGGCAGCUCUCAUACCUCGACCAGCUUAAAGACUACAAACCUUGCAAGCCAACGAUGGAGGAUAACGUGGCCACAUUCAUGUUGGACCUCCAGGACCCCCACACCUGUGGGGUCACCAGGGUGCUCAAUAAACUUACCGGCAAACGCACCUUCUACCACAAAAUCGUGAUAGAAACUGCAGGCGGCCGCGAAACGCACACGGUGCGUUGCGUGGUGGCUGGCAAACGCGUCGCCCGCGCCGUGGACUUCCCUCUAGACAUCAUCGAACCUGAUGUAAUAAACAUCACUAGGAAUGAGCAGGGCUACGGACCUGAUCCCAUCCUAGCAGCUGUUGUCAAGCAGAACGGACGACAGGUGACAGGAGAAAUCUCCGUGAGCCCGGGGACACCUCUGUCCAUGGAGAUCAACCUGGACGAGAAGUCCAAGUCGGUGUACGGUCUCCUGGUCAACUACAUGCACGUCACAGACACGGGGAAACAGCAGGAGACUAUCAUAUUUAAUGGUUGUUCCGUCGACCCGUACCUGUUCGACAACUUCAUAACGACGGACGACGGCGUGCUGUCGGCCAAGUUCAGGGCAUUUAAGUUCCCUGAUACUUCCUACGUGCAGUUCAAGGGCACCGUUACUGUAUGCCUCGACAAAUGCCAGGGGGUACAAUGCACCAACGGUGUCACCGGCUACGGUCGCAGACGCAGAUCCAUCGCCUCCGGUGACAACUCCAACAAAGUGUACGAGGUGUCGCUCACGACCUUUAUCAAGGUCGACUGGAAGGAGGGCGAGAAACAGGCAGAAGACGUCUUAGCCCUUCUCAAGAACUUAAAAGUGGCGAAUCAGCGUCUAGAAGACUACGACGCCACUGACUCCAGCCCUAUCGUCCUAUACCCUGAAGAAAUCGUAGCUCAUAGCUCCGCCAGUGUAUUAAGAUGCAGUGUUGUAGCUAUAAGUUUAUUAUUAGUUAUGUUCAAGUAAAAAGUUUGUACAAGC